CUCGUCUCCUCCCAAUCCAAAAAGCAACAUGGCGGCUCUCGGACGGCUCUCUCAGCUCCUGCUCCGGUCUCCUCUGGCCCAGACUCGGCGUCAGCUCUCUGCCGUCGCCGCAGAGCACGGCGAGCAAGCAGCUAAAACAUGGAAAAUCCUCACUUUUGUCAUUGCCCUGCCUGGCGUUGCCGUAUGCAUGUUGAACAUGUAUCUGAAAGAGCAGCAGCAUAGCCACGAGCAGCCAGAAUUUGUCCCAUACUCCCACCUUCGCAUUCGCUCCAAGCGUUUCCCCUGGGGAGAUGGCAACAAAUCCCUCUUCCACAACCCACAUUUGAAUGCCCUUCCUAAUGGUUACGAGGGACAUGAGGACUAAACCUCUUCCACGUGUCACAACUGGCUCAAGUCCUCUCUCUGCAUUUGUUUCUGGACCACACACUCAUUUACAGUUUACUUUCUCUUUACUCUACCGCGUCUACCCCAGUGCUCUUCACAUGGGGCACCUGAAUUAAUAAUUCCAAUGCUCUGGACCAUUAAACACAAUGUGAGCUUAACAUAAAUAAAGUAACUAUUACCUCA